AUUGCUCUAAUUGUCAAUAAGAAAAAAUAAUUCUCCUGCUCCACUCUCUCUCUCAGUUCUCUGGUGAAGCGCGACUCAACGUUCUCCAUUGAAGCGCUCUUGACGUUCUCAGCAGCUUCUGAGGGACAGGCCUGGAUGCAGUUGGUUGGAUUUCGAAAUGGACGAAUGGAAGGCCAAAUUGUCCGAUGUGGAGCAAUGGAAGGCCAAAUUGUCCGAUGUGUUUGAACAGGGGAAAAGUUUACUGCAGGAAAGUCUUGUCCAAACACAGGAAAGUCUUAUUCAAGCGAAGAAGAAAUUUGAUGAGACACCAGACAUAAAGCAGAAGAUUAAAGAGACACCGGAACUUCAACUGUAUAUUGCGGCUGCUGUUGUUGUCCUAACAAUAUUUUUGUCAUUGCUAUUACGUCUGUUCAAGCGUAAGAAGCCUAACACUAUUGUGCUUGCUGGACUGACUGGGAGUGGCAAAACUGUUCUUUUCUACCAGCUUCGAGAUGGUUCUUCACAUCAAGGGACUGUGACAUCAAUGGACCCAAAUGAGGGUACUUUUGUGCUGCAUUCUGAGGUCAUUAAGAAGGGCAAAAUCAAACCUGUGCAUUUAGUUGAUGUUCCUGGUCACUCACGGCUUCGGCCUAAGCUUGAUGAGUUUGUGCCCCAGGCUGCUGGGGUUGUUUUUGUUGUUGAUUCUUUGGAGUUCCUGCCUAACUGCCGAGCAGCUGCUGAGUACUUGUAUGAUAUCUUAACCAAGGCUAGUGUUGUAAAGAAGAGAAUUCCUGUAUUGAUUGUUUGCAACAAAACUGAGAAAGUAACUGCACAUUCAAAAGAUUUUAUUCGCAAGCAACUGGAGAAAGAAAUUGACAAAUUGCGAACUUCGAGAACGGUGAUAUCAGAUGCCGAUAUUUCAAGUGAAUUCACUCUUGGAGAAUCUGGGCAACCAUUUGCGUUUUCUCAGUGCCAUAAUAAAGUGACCCUUGCUGAAGCCUCAGGCCUCACAGGUGAUAUCUCACAGGUUGAGGAGUUCAUCAGAGAGCAUGUAAAACCUUGAUUACAUUUUCUUAUGAUUGAAGAUAUACUUUUUCAUUGCUUUUUCUUAAUUUUGGGGUUACCAUCUUUUGGCAAGUAAAUUGUGUACAACUUGUGAAAGACCCACCUGAGCAUUAGAAAUAUUGUGGCUAUGAAUUUGUGAACUUGUGAAAGAUGAAACCCUGAGCUAUUAACAUUAGAAGAAUGUAGGAACUUAAUUGUCUCAUUUGUUCCACUUAUCCUUUUUUCUGGUCUAUUUCUCUAACUUAAAGGUUAUCGAGUCAGAGAGCUGCUGCUUCGAAGCAGUAAUGUUGGAUCUACUAUUCUAC